AAUAUUUUUAUAUAUUCCACCUUUUGUCUAGUCUUUGGCUAUAUAUAUCAACUAAAGGAUGCCAAAAUGAUCAUACUGUAUUAGCAUCAUCACAGAGCUUUCUCCCUUCUUAAGACCAGGACUCCAGGAGCAUCGAAAUUCGACAACAUGGGGGAUAAACUGCGGAUAGCUGUUGGAGUAAUGGGAAAUGCAGCUUCUGCAUUACUAUACGCGUCACCCAUAUUAACAUUUACUACUGUCAUAAAGAAGAAGAGCACUGAGGAGUAUUCAUAUGUUCCGUACAUUGUUGCUUUAGUCAACGCUCUCCUUUACACUUGGUACGGGUUACCUAUUGUAAGCCAUGGAUGGGAAAAUGUUUCCCUGAUCACUGUCAAUGGCCUCGGUUUCCUAUUGGAAUCCUCUUUUGUCCUCAUCUAUAUAUGGUUCACUUCACCAAAGGGAAAGGUGAAAGUUGCUGCUCUGACACUGACUGUUCUUGCAUUAUUUGUAGCCACUGCACUAAUCUCUGCCUUCCUAUUGCAUGACCAUCAUACACGGAAGGUUUUUGUAGGGAGUGCAGGGCUGGCUACUUCGGUAGCACUCUAUGGUGCCCCUCUUGUUGCUGUGAAGCAGGUGAUAGCAACCAAAAGUGUGGAAUUCAUGCCAUUUUACCUGUCAUUCUUCACUCUCCUCGCAAGUUGCUUCUGGGCAUGUUAUGGAGGACUCAGCCACGAUUUCUUCAUCAUGUCACCAAAUUUUGUUGGAAUCCUCUUGGGCAUCUUACAACUGAUGGUUUAUUGGAAAUACAAAGAACGAGCAAUACUAGAAGACACAAACAAAUGGGAUUUAGAGAAGAACAAAGAAAAACCCAAACAAGUUCAGCAACUGGCAACUGAUCAUGGUGAAACGAAGAUCGAUAAUUGAAACUAACAAUCAGAUUAAAUUUCUGCUUAUGUCACAUUGUGUUCUACUAGAGUGAACUUGAGCUACAAUUGUAUUUGUACCAACACAAAUAGUAGAAAACUUCUUCACA